AUGAGUCUUCUAUCAAGAUGGAGCACGGUUGCUUCGUCCACACACGGCGCCAGGCCUGCGCUCCGCUGUCGCUUGUCUCUCCCCAACACCAAUAUCCGCCAACAGUCCUCCUUCUCCGCCGUAUGGCGCGGCCUUCGCACCGAGCGAUCUGGUCGCCGUGAACCUGGUUCCUCGGGCCGCGGCCGCUCUUCUGGCUCCCGAUCUUCUGACUUGCCGGCAGCGCGUCGACCGUCUCGCCCUCGAGAUGGAGGUGGCCCCAAUGGCAAGGUCGACUUGGCCGCCAGCAGCCUGGGCGGCGGGCGCACACACUACAAGCCCAAGAAGGCGUUGCAAAAGAUGAGGGAGAGGGAGGAAAUGGACACAGAGGGCGGUCGUAAGACGCGCAGCAAGCGCUUCAACAACCCGGAGUACUCGUUUGGCAAGAAAAGCCUGGUGUAUCAGCUCAACAAGGGCGAUUUCCAGGACAAGAUCUCCAAACUGGUCGACGCGAAACGGACCGGGUCCAGCACGGCGGCCGGCACGUCGGAGAGGAAAGAUGUGCGAAGAGAGGAGGAUCCAUGGAAGCGCAUGUCCAGCUCGACCGACGACAGGCAGCAAGCCCGCAGCCGCAGGGGCGCCUCGGGCGACCGGCGACCGCGGAAUGCACAGCCUUGCCCGGCCCGGGACGCAGCCAGGUCAGAGGGGCCUCGAGGAGACGACGGUGCCUUCAGGCGCAUGCGCUCGACCUCUGAUUACACGCCGCGCGAGCGGGGAUCCCCCGCUGCCGGCCGCAGCUUUGGGCACUCGGACGUAACAAAGCAGCGCGCCAGGGACGAGCUGCGUGAGGAAGACGACGACGCCUUUUCGCACCGGCCGGCGUUCAAGGGACGGACAAACAACUUUGCGGCGACCCUGCCGCAGUCGACGGCCGCCUCACAGUUCCUCUUUGGCCGAUGGCCCGUCGCCGCGGCGCUGGAAGGAGGCGCGGGCGCAGGCUGUACCACCUCUUAUGUCUAUUGCCGGGCAGCCAACAGGGAGGAACGCCCAACGAUCCCCGUUCGGCAACGCCUCGGCCAAGAAAGCCACGGCGUCCGGCGGGGCCGGCCGCACAACGGCCUCGUCCUUGAGGUCUCACCUCUGCCGCAGCUCCCGCUCGUCAGCCUGGGCCCCGUCACCGAGGACGGCUACACGGUCGAGAUUGCGCACCAGAUGAGGGAAGACGCAGAGAUCAACGGCACCGAGCCCUUCCAGGCCUGGGACUCCCGGGCCGGGCACAAACCCUUCGUGCUCCUGUUGCACGAGGUCAUGGACCCGGGCAACCUGGGCGCCAUGCUGCGGACGGCACGGUUCCUCGGCGCCGCAGCCGUCGUCAUCACCAAGCAGACGUCGUCACCCAUCACGCCGACAGUCGUCAAGGCGGCGGCGGGGGCCGCCGAGGAGCUGGCCAUCUUCUCCGUUGCCGACCCCGUCGCGUUCCUCGAGGGGUCGCAGAAGGCCGGCUGGGAGUCGUACGUGGCCGUCGCACCGGCGUCGGGCAGCAGCAACAGCGCCAGGCAGCAGGUGACGGCCGACGAGCUCGCCGAGGAGGAUCCCCUGCGGGAGAAGCCGUGCAUCCUGGUCCUCGGCAACGAGGGCGAGGGCCUCUCGCGAAAGAUCAUGUCGAGGGCGAGCCGCCAGGUGACUAUCCAGCGGCAGCCGGCGGGACGCAGCUCCGUUGACAGUCUGAACGUCAGCGUGGCGGCGGCGCUGCUCUGCGACGCCUUCACAAAGGGUGCGCGGGCUGUGCCGAGGAGCUUCCAGCAGAAGCUCAAGCUAGACGAGAAGAGGGCGCGCGGCGGUGAGUCUCUUUUCUGA